UUUUACUCCUAUCCCAAAUUAUAAAAUCUUAAGUACGGAGUACAAUCUAACUUCAUCCACAUCAUUACUUAUUAAUUCCGAAAACCAAAUUACCUGCAAAAAUGGCCUCAGCCGCCGCCGCCAGAUCGUUUUUCCGGUCUUCUAGUAGCGUUCUUAACGCCGCCGGGCGUUUUACACGCGAAGCCAAAGCAGCCCGCGCCCCUUGCCGCAUGACCUACAGAAGCCCUCUGGGAUCUCGAUUCUUCAGGCGCCCUGUUGAAUUGAGCGGCUGCGGAAUCUCAAUGCAACCAUUCCACACAGCCACUGCUUUGGCUUUGAUGAACUCGAUGCUCGCCGUCUCUCCCCACAGCUUCAGUUGGCUUUCCGAAGGUGUCUAGUAGCUACGCCAAUUAGAUACAAUACCCCCCUUAAGAACUUUGCUUGCAGGGAUGAUGCAUGACUGGGGAUCUGUUACUGGAGGACUCAAGUGAUUUCCCUGUCCCACAUCUUUUCAUUCUAUAUGUUGUAUUCAUUGAUAUUGAUAAAUUGACUUGAGUGUUGCAAAAGAAAUAGUCCUUAUGUUAUUGGCAUGGUUAUCAAGGCGAUAAGUCAGUCCAGUUGGUGUAUAGGAGGGGGCUAGUAGACUAGUCGGCCUACUAGAAGUCAGGGCCGGCCCGGAAAUGGAAAAAAUGAGAUUGGCCGUG